AUAUAUAUAUAUAAAUAUAUAUAUAUCUAUACAUACACACACACAUUCAUUCACUUUGGAAGCAGAGGAUUUGCCUUCUACGAUGCCACGUGGCAAGUCCUUUCGUCGCUCUGAGGCUGCUCGGAGGAGAGAGGCAGAGCGCGAGAAGGUUACCGUGGAACCUAAGUGGCCCAAUCGUGACUUUGUUCCUCGCCGUGGCACCGGUACACGCCAUCGUGUGAGGAAAUGGCCAGUUUCAGUCACGGGCCGCCAACACAAGCUGGUCAUCCCAGCUGAGUCUCCUGAUAAGAAGUUUGUUCUUAUUGUAGGAGCGUCCCAUCUGCGCUCCAUUGCAGACGGGAUCGUGCCGAUGCCAGAGGGAAUGCUUUCCUUUGGUGUCAUGUCCACACCGGGGGCCUGUGCGUCCGACCUGAGGACCGAGUUACGCAACGCUGUCGUACCUCGGACCCCGGACGCAGUCUGCAUCAUGGCCCCCAGCAACAACCUGACAGCCAGCCGGACCCCCCUUGAGGCAGGAGCUGACUUCCAGAAGCUCCUGUACAGUGCCCGCAGUCGUUGGCCCAAUGUCUUUGUGUUGGACUUUGUGCCACGUCUGACUGUUGAUCCUCAGCUACAAGAGUUCAUGCGUCAAGAGUUCCAUCGAGUGGCAGCAAGAAUGGGUAUCAAGUACUUCUCGUCUUCUGGCCACUUCCCUUUGAACAACUUGGACCUGUGGAGCCCAGAUGGUGUUCACUUGAGUGAUGGCGAAGGCAUGGUGGUCCUCACUCGUUUGCUGUGGGCUGCAGCUUACGAGUCACUGGAGGUGCCUGUACCGAAACCGCAGGCCGCUCCCAGGACAUCAUUGCCUGUUCGUCACGUCACUCCAAGGGUCGUUGUGAGGGGAGAGGUCAUCGUGCCUCGCCCCUCUAACCCUUACGAGUGGACGUCUGUGGAGAGGGGCAGGAAGAGGAACGUACCGGUACCUGAGGAACCUGCACAGUCCUCUGGUGCACCGAAAAAGAUGAAGGUUCAACAGCAGUUUGUUGCUACUCCUGUCGCGCUGAAGGAGUGCUUCAUCCCGCUGAACCCCGUGAGGUUCAGCAGUUCCAUGUUGGCUGUCAUGGAUGCUGUUGUCCCUUCCCAUCUUCCUACCCCUGAGUGCACCGCUGUUCCACAUGACAAAACGAAACCUGUCGUGGAACGUAGGCGGAAAGCUGUUGCCUGCAAGAGGAGACCUGCAAAGCGCCAGGUUGAGGCAACACCUAGUGUUGUGGAGGUGUGUCCCCGUCCCACACCUGCCAGUCCUGUGAAAGUGGUUGCUGCUGCAGAGGCUCAGGUGACACCAUGCGUGGUGGACACAUCCCCAGAGCCUUCACCUGCCACGGCUGUGGAAGUGGUUGCUGCUGCGCAGGAGGAGGAGGCCCCGGUGACACCAGGCGUGGUGGAUGCCUUCCCAGACCCAUCACCUGCCACAGCUGACGAGGAGGAAGUCAGCACACCAAGAUCCGUCAAAGAUGAGUAUGACGCUAACCCCAUUGAUUGCAGGUGUUUAGAAAACGAGCCAAUAGCACCAGUAGUUUCCGGUAAACUCACAGCAGCACCAUUAACUCAGGACGUAAAUGUAUCAAUAGCGGGUAGUGUUGUAGCUGCGAUAAAACAUGCAAUUGCUCCGGUUUGUACAUGGCGAGGGAAAGAUAUUGAUGAUAUCUGUGCAGAAGGUAGCAAGUUGGCCACUUUAGUUGCUGAAGGAAGCCAGGACAGUGUUGAGAUUAAACUGUGUAAAUUGAUUGAACAGGGUAGUGUGUUUGGCAGGAAGUGGAAGGUAGACGUUACCUCGCCAGUGUACGGAGAUUUUGGGUUUUUGGAUGACGACAGUGUGAUGUAUGAACAGCUACAGGAAACUUUGCUGAGUGAUGGAAUGUGUUUGUUAAACCUCCAAGGUUCAGUCAGUGCGAUUAUUCAUCACAAUAAGUACUUUGUGGUAGUUGAUUCGGGGACUCGUGAUGCAUCUGGGCUGGCAUCUAGUUUUGGCAGACCUGUAGCUGUUUUCAACACAUCCGUGCGUGACCUGAUGUACCAUAUCAGAGAUCUUAAGAGGUCUUUGGGUGCAGAGUGGUAUGCUAUUAGCAGCGUGUCUUUGACAGCCGGUUCAGUUGAUCCUGACAUGGACAGUGCUACAUUGCUGACAGAUGUAGAUGUCGAUGUCACAGCUGCAACUGCAGCUGUAGUCGAGGGUGGCAGUUCACAGAGUAAUGCAAGUUCUGUCAGGGGAUCUUUCCAUCAGGCAGAUACUCGGUUUCAACACGCUGGAGUUCAGUGUAUGGCUAUCAGUUUGGUAGCAGUAGCAAAACACUCCAUUGAUAGCGUGUUUUCAUGGCAGACCAACAAUCUGGACAAGGUUGUUGUGUUAGGUAAUAAGCUCUACAAUACGUUGAGGGACAGCAAUGUGACCAGUGAGGUUUCGGAACUGCUUAGUGUUCCAGAUUUGCCCCGACACUCUGUUAUUGAUGGACAGACAUUUGACUUUGAGUACGGGGAUUGUGUUUCUGGAUAUGUUGAUGUAGUGACAGGUGAUCUGAUUGAUGCUGGUGUAAUCACCAGUCUCAGAUCUGGAUUAGAUAAGAUGUUUAGUAAAUAUCACACAUGUUUUCUGACAUUGGGUGGAAAUACAUGUGCAAUCAUUGGUGAAGGUGGUCGUUUUGCUGUGGUUGAUUCGCAUGCGCGCAGUGCGGAUGGGAUGGUGGAUGUGGAAGGGAAGAGUGUUGUUGUGUAUUUCACUUGCCUAGAUGAUGUUUUUGGGCACAUCUGCAAAUUUGCAACAUCAUUUAAACCUCCCAAACAGUUUGAGAUUGCUGGUGUUUGUGUAAUCCCCAGAUGUCCAGUUCCACCCAGUAGUACGUUAUCCGGUCCAAAGGUAGUAGUAGAACGCAGGGCAAGUCAGUCGGGUUGCAGUUUACCUGUUCAGCCAACAGUUGGCUGCACAAGUAUAAAGCGUAAAACAUCAAGCAGUGUGUCUUCAUCAAAGAAGUCGAAAAACAGUGAUUUUGCUGCAGUUAAUUCAGAUGUUGUUUUUGUAGCUGAUGUUGUGAGUAAAGGGCUCCAGUUUAAUCCACUUUGUGGGGAAGUUGUAGACACUCUGUGCAAACAGUUAAAUGUUGAUUCAGAGAAAGUAGAUUUAGUUUCUACAGAAGUUGGUCCGUUGGGUGCUCCUUGUCUGAAGGAGAAAAUAGUUAGCGAUGGUAACUGUUUCUUUAGAGCAGUUAGUCAGGCUGUGUGUGGUACACAGAAGUAUCACAGGAAAAUUAGACUUGCUGUUGUAAAGCAUUUGAGAGCUAAUGGUGGUAUUUUGAGAACUGAGUAUUCUUCAAUGGAGGAAUAUCUCAGUGUGUCAAAAAUGGCCUAUGUCGGUAGUUGGGCCACUGAAGUGGAGAUUCAAGCUGCAGCAGAUUUUUUGGGAGUUGGUAUAUUCACUUACUGUGACAAUCGCUGGCUUGAAUAUAGUUGUAAAUACAGACCGUUGUCAAAUCAGGGAAUUUAUUUAGAAAAUUGCAAUGGUAACCACUAUGAGACUGUUGUUUGUGUUCAGCAGCCAAACGUGCAGUCUUGCUAUGGGUAUUGCAAAGUGGGUGGGUCUAGGUACAAUUUCAGAGAACGUAGUGUUUGUGCAGACACUUUGACUUCAGUUGCUUUGUCAAGUUGUGAUGCUGAAGUAGAAAUUAUUCAACAAAAUGUAAUGGAACAGCAGUGUAGUACAUUAUCUGUAAAGGCCCAAUCCCCAAAUAGCUUAAAUGUUAAGUCUCCAUCUAAGUACUUUGUAAGGAAAAAGAAGUUACAGAAACAAAUCAAAUAUCAGGAAAACAGGCAGAAAUUUCUAGAAAAGAUGAAAAUGAAUUAUCAGGCAAAAAGUUGGUACAAGGAAAAAUUGAAGGAAAUGAGUAAAACUAAAUAUCAGACAAGUCUUUCACACAGGGACAGAGUAAAGACAUUUAGUAAAACUAAAUAUCAGAAAAAUAGUUCGCACAGGGACAGAGUAAAGACAUUUAGUAAAACUAAAUAUAAGAUAAAUCUUUCACACAGGGACAGAGUAAAGACAUUGAGUAGAAAGAAAUAUAGAAAUCGUCAGCAUAGGCAGCGUGUUAUUGCACGUAUGAAAAUGAGGAGGCAACGUAUAAAAGCAACAUUAAAGGAGUUUGAUUUAGUUAUGAAGCAGUUUUUGGGUAAAGUAAAUGAUGGCCCGGAUUUUGUCUGUUGUGUGUGCUUUAGAGGGUUGUUUUGUCAUCAAGUUUUACCUUGUAGAAGGAAGGAUUACAGUAGAAGAAAAGAAAUAGGUUUAAUUGCAGAUAGAUGUAUUAGUGAAGAGUAUUUGCAUAAAUGUAAUCCAGAUUGUGUAUUGCCUUGUCAGUGGUUAGAUACAGCUAGGGGUCAGUUGUGGAUUUGUUUGAGCUGUCACAAUAAAAUUAGUAGAGGUAUAAUGCCACCUGAAUCUGCUUUAAAUAAUUUGGCGACGUGUUGUAUUCCACCAGAAUUGGCAUGCUUGAAUACUUUAGAGCAACAUUUAAUUGCGCUGCAUAUUCCGUUCAUGAAGUUGCUGGCGUUGCCUAAAGGUGGGCAAAAUGGCGUCCAUGGGCCUGUAACGUGUGUUCCUGCUAAUAUUGUGCAGACGAGCAAUUUGCUGCCGCGUUCGGACAUGGAUGGAUCUUUGCUACCUGUCAAACUGAAGCGCAAACUCACAUACAAGGGGCAUUAUGAGUACCAGUUUGUUGAUAGUAUGCGCAUUAAGCAGGCUUUACAGUAUUUGAAACGGACUAAUGUACAUUAUAAGGAUGUAGAUUUUAAUGAAGCAUGGUUAAAUGAGUUUUGUAGGGAACAAGAGAGUGUGGCACAACAGGAUAGUGCAGCAGUAGAUGGUAAUGGUAGUGAUGACAGUAUUGCUGCUGCGGAGGAAGGUGAGCUUCUGCAUGACAGACAACAACAUUGUAUGUUUCAGGACACUUGUCUUAUGCCUGUUGACAUUGGUCAAGAAGCACUUGAUCAAUAUUUUGAUAACAUAUUAAAUUUAGCUCCAGCAGAAGGCAACACUCCUGUCAAGUUGUUGUCUGAUCAUUCAAAUGAAGCAAAAUGUUUCCCGGUGUUGUUUCCGACUGGAUCUGCGACAUACCACGACAGCAGACCUCAUCGCUUGACUUUGUGCCGUUAUUUUAAUAAUCGUAUUUUACAUGCUGAUGGUAGAUUUGCACAAAAUGUUGAUUAUAUCUUCUUUGCUCAGUACAUGUCUGAGGUUCAACAGGUUGUGUCAAAUGUAUCAAUAGCAUUACGGAAGGGAAAAGGAGGGCAAUUUAAAAAAAUAACCACGAAUGUAUUAAAUGAUGAGGAACAAUUAAAGCAGUUGUUGCAGUUUGAUGAUGGGUAUCGCUUUCUUAAACCUAUUAGAGGUACCCCAUCUUUUUGGCAGGGCGUGCAGCGUGACUUGUUGGCUUGUGUUCGUCAGCUGGGGAUCCCGACGUGGUUUUGUUCUUUUUCUUCUGCUGAUAUGCGGUGGAAGAAUCUUUUGAAUAGCAUUUUGAAACAGGAAGGUAGGACAGAGACGGCCGAAGAGCUGGAGUGGGCAGAUAGAUGUGAACUUUUGCGGCGUAAUCCCGUUACUGCAGCGAGGAUGUUCGAUUUUCGCUGGCAUUGUUUUUUGAAAGAGGUUUUAAUGUCUCCAUCUAAUCCCAUUGGCAAAAUAAUAGAUUACUUCUAUAGGGUUGAAUUCCAGCAGCGUGGUUCACCACAUGUUCACUGCCUGUUUUGGAUAGAAAAUGCGCCAAUAAUUGAUAAAAAUACUGAUGAAGAGGUAAUUCAAUUUAUUGAUAAUUAUGUAACAUGUGAAUUACCUGCACGAGAUGAGACACUAUUGGACACAGUUUCAUCUGUGCAAAAGCAUUCCAAACGGCAUUCUAAAACAUGCAAAAAAAUAGAACUGUUUGUCGUUUUAAUUUUCCUAAACCUCCGUCUGCGAGAACUUUUAUAUCUCGCCCGCCUGUUGAUGACGAGGAGGAGGAUAAAACAUGCACAUGUCAGAAAGAUGGAGCACAAAAAUUGGCAGAUUGUGCAUGCAAAAUUAGGAAACAGAAAAAAUUAGAACAAAAAGCAAUGGCAGUGAACAUUACAACAAAAAUUAAAAUGGCCCUUUCAGAUGACAAUGCCAGUUUUGACAGUG